AUGGAGGAAACAAAGAGGAAGGCCAAGGCAGUGGUGGUGGGAGGCAGCAUAGCCGGGAUAUCCUGCACACACGCUCUUAUAGCCGCUGGGUGGGAUGUGGUGGUGAUCGAGAAAACACCUUCACCCCCCACCAGUAGUGCCACCGGUGCCGGCCUUGGAAUCGACCUUUUAUCCCAGAAACUCGUCCAGUCGUGGCUGAAUCAACCGCAGGCUCUUGAGCACUACACCUUGCCCCUCACCAUUGAUCAUGAACAAGCAACAGAUUGGGACAAGAAAAUUACCAGGACGCUGACAAGAGAUGAAAACUUCAAUUUCAGAGCAGCACACUGGGCUGAUCUUCAUAGCCUAUUAUACAAUGCGCUGCCUCAGGAAGUUGUUUUAUGGGGGCAUUUUUUCCUCUCCUUUCGCGUCUCUGAUGAAAAAUCUGUGAAAGUUAGUGCUAAAGUGCUUCAAUCUGGUGAUACAAUUGACGUAGAAGGUGAUUUGCUUGUUGCUGCAGAUGGUUGUCUCUCUUCCAUUCGUAAAACUUUACUCCCCGACCUUAAACUCAGAUAUUCGGGUUACUGUGCUUGGAGAGGAGUUCUCGAUUUUUCAGAAAACCAGAACUCAGAAACCAUUCAGCAACUCAAGAAGGCGUUUCCCGAGCUUGGUAAGUGCAAUUACUUUAUCCUAGGAGUUGGAACUCACAGUAUUCUUUACGAGUUAUUCAACAAAAGGAUGAACUGGAUUUGGUAUGUUAAUCAACCAGAGCCAGAUCUUGAGGGAAACUCAGUUACAACUAAAGUCAGCAGAGACAUGAUUGAAGAAAUGUAUGAAGCAGCAGAGAAGGUUUGGGUUCCAGAAUUUGUGAAACUAAUGCGAGAAACUAAAGAGCCUUUCCUGAAUGCAAUAUACGAUAGUGAGCCACUAGAGAGAGUAGUUUGGGACAACGUGGUUUUGAUCGGGGAUGCAGCUCACCCGGUAAGUCCUCAUGGUGCAAGAAGCACAAAUAUGUCGAUACUAGAUGCUGCAGUCUUGGGCAAAUGCCUUGAGAAAUGGGGAUUGGAGAAUCUAAAUUUGGCUCUUAAAGAAUAUCAAUCUAUUCGACUACCAGUCAAUGCAGAACAAGUUUUGUUUUCACGAAGAAUGGGACGUAUCAAACAAGGUUUAGUUCUUCCUGAUCGUGAGCCCUUCGAUCCAAGAACAGCAAGUGAAGAAGAUUGUGUGAAGCUGCAGCUAAGAAACAUCCCUUUUUUCUCUGAAAUUCCCUCUAUAUUGAUGUAA